CUGAAGUCAGAUGAGUCCAAACAGGAUAAGGACACAAGCAGUGACAGGGCUGUGAGAAUAAUUAAGAAGGGUAGGGAAAAGAGAGACGUAUUAUGAGUAUGUACUAUUAUUUAGACUUUGUUCUCACAGUUUUAUGUGAUUUGAGCUGAAAUUCCGACAGCUUUAUUUAAGAUGGAAACAGGAAACUGUGUUACCAGACUGCAGGAAUACGCACAGAAGACACGGUCUGAGCUGCAAUAUGAGGACCUUGGCUUUGUUGGACCUGACCAUGAUCCAACAUUUAUCCAGAGGGUAGUCCUGAAUGGUAAAGUCUAUCCCGAGGGCGCUGGUAAGAACAAGAAGGAAGCCAAACGUGAUGCUGCUAAAAAUGCCCUGAAAUGCUUGUUUGAGAAUGAACCUCAGGACUCAGCUGACACAUCUGCAGAUGACAACAACAGUGCAUCAGGUGAACCAAAAGAGGAACUAAAUGUAGAUGUUUCCGAUAUCCGUUAUAAGAUAAGAAGCCUCAAAGUGAACGCACAGCUUCACAGAGACAAAAGAGAGACAAAUUACAUAGGAAUUGUCGCAAACUACUGUCUGAAAACAAACCGCUGCCAUUCAUACAUUGAAGAGAGGAGAUGCGGUCCAGCUCAUGGCCCUCAGUUUUUCUACAAAUUAAUGAUCGACAAAAAGGAAUACCCUGAGGGUGAGGGAAGGACUGUCAAGGAGGCCAAACAAAAUGCAGCUCGGUUAGCCUGGUCUGCUCUUCAGGAACAGUCAGACUGGGACAGCAAGGUGUCCGUUCGAUCAACAGUGUCUGAAGAUGGUGCACAAUCUAUGUUGUCAGUGCCGUCAGCUACCCCGGAGUCCCAUGAAUCAUCAACACAAAGCACGUCAAUGAUCACAUUCACCGAUUCAUCAACCCCUUCCCAGGCUCAGAUGCCCUCAAGGUCAACAAUGUCUGAAGAUGAUGCACCAACGGGGUUGUCAACACCAACUUCACUGGAUUCUCUUUCAUCAUCACACAGCAUGUCAACGGGUACAAGCGGCUCAGUAGUAUUCACUGAUUCAUCAAACUCUUCCAAGGAUCAGGUUGCUGUCAAAGACAGAAAUAUGGGAAAUCGUCAGUAUGAGAUAUCCACCCAGUCAAAGUUUACGUCAUACUUCGAUCCCAUGGAGUGUCUUGGCAGAGGAGCCUUUGGUUGUGUUUACAAAGCCAGAGAUAAACAGUUGGACAAGUUUUAUGCUGUAAAGAUCGUCUACUGUGAAGAGAAAUCUCUUCGAGAAGUGGGGACAUUAUCAGACCUCCUCCACCGUAAUAUUGUUAGAUACUACACAUUUUGGAUGGAGGAUUCAGGAUACCAAUGGGAUAUUUUAGCUGACAGUAACAGCUCUUCACAGCCCAGAGAUAAUUCAUCGGCAAAGUACAUCUAUAUUCAGAUGGAGUUAUGUGACACCAAAACACUUAAAGUUUGGAUUGAAGAGAAGAACGCUCAGCCUCUGCAAGACUCCAAGAGAAGAGAAGAAAGUCUAAGAAUUGCUCAGCAAAUAGUCGGUGGAGUCGAAUAUCUUCACUCGGAGAAGCACAUCCACAGGGACCUUAAGCCUGAAAACAUCCUGUUUGGACUGAAUGGAGAGGUGAAGAUUGGGGACUUUGGUCUGGUCACCAGAGAUGCUGAUGAUGACUCUGCUUUGAUGGAGAGAACAGAAAACAAAGGAACCACAACUUACAUGGCUCCUGAACAAAAGACGGAGAGGAACUAUGACCGAAAAGUGGACAUAUUUGCUCUGGGAUUGAUAUACUUUGAGCUCCUCUGGAAACUCUCUACUGGCCACGAAAGGGGGAAGAUCUGGGAUGAUGCCAGAAGCCAGAAGCUCCCUGAAGAGUUUUCACUGACUUUUCGUGAAGAGGACCAAAUCAUCAAGUCAAUGCUGUGUGGGAGGCCAGAGGACCGACCUGAAGCAAGUCAGCUGAAGGCAAAGCUGGAGCAGUUGACGCAGACACUUAACGCACAAAACAUGAGCCGGGAAAAUGCAACUGCCUAGAGUUAUGAUAAGUCAUAGGAGCGUGUAGGAUGAUGUAUUUUUGCAAUUUUAUAUACUGUCAUUAAUACUGUAUAGUAUAUUUUUAACCAGUUAAUGAAUGGGGGCCUAUGUGUUUUUUAAUGAAUGAAUGAAACCAAAGUUUGAAGUCUAUCAUGAUUUUAAAAAGUUGUUUUUUUUAAAAAAAAAUAAUCAUUCACAUCUGUUUUGCUUUUAUUCUACGUAAUCAUGCUGGUAAUUUCAGUGCAAUUUACAUUAUAUUCCAUGCUGGGAAAUGGUUAAUGUAUUUAAGUGAUGUCACAUUAAAGCCUUUGUUUUUUACUGGACAUAUUAA